AUGUCUGGCUUCAAAAAGGCGUUCUUGCUGGGACUGCUGGCUUUGAGCAAUUCAGUCCUGGGCCACUCUCAUCAUCAUGACGAUACCGAUGAGAUUGUGCCAGAGGACAAGAGGGAGGAGCUUUUGAAGAAAUGGGAGCAAGAGUGGGGGUUUUCUGGUAUCUCGACCUUUGCCCAUAUGAAAGCUGUCAAAUGUCUGCUUGAGCCGGAUGAGCAGUAUGAUAUUGCCAUUAUUGGGGCGCCUUUUGAUACCGCUGUGAGCUACAGGCCUGGAGCUCGCUUCGGCCCUCGCGCCAUCCGCGCUGCCAGCGGGCGCCAACUCCCGGGGACAAGCUACAAUGCCCGCGCAGCCAUCAACCCGUACUUAUCAUGGGCCACGCUCCGCGACUGCGGCGACAUCCCCAUCACUCCAUUCGACAAUGCACUAGCGGAGCGACAAAUGUACGAGGCAUUCCUCGAACUCGGCACGCGGCGGGCAAAGACAUCCGCAGCAUCCAAGUUCGGCAGCAAGGGCAUAUCAGCGGGGAAACCCAAGCUGGUCACUCUGGGCGGAGACCACAGCGUUGCUCUCCCGGCACUUCGUGCCCUCUACCAGAUCUAUCAGAAGCCCAUCACAGUCCUGCACUUCGACGCCCAUCUCGACACCUGGAACCCUGUACGCUACGCCUCGUACUGGCUCUCCGAGCAAUCGCGUUUCAAUCACGGCAGUUUCUUCCACAUCGCCAGCACCGAGGGUCUCAUUUCCAACACCACCUCGGCGCAUGCGGGCAUCCGGACGCGGUUGACGGGUGUUGAUGAUGGAGAUUACACGAACCCGGGGCCGGAGCAAGGAUUCAUGCGGAUCCACGCAGACGACAUCGACGACAUCGGACCCGCCGGUGUCGUAGAAUCGAUUAUUAACCGUAUCGGACUCGAUCCAGAGCAGCCAGUGUACUUAUCCGUCGACAUCGACGUUCUCGACCCCGGCACCGCACCAGGCACCGGCACGCCGGAGCCAGGUGGAUGGACGACGCGCGAAAUGAUCCGGAUUCUGCGUGGGAUCGAGAAAUUGAAUUUGGUAGGCGCGGAUAUCGUCGAGGUUAGUCCUAGUUACGACAAUGUCGGAGAGACGACAGCGCUCGCCGCCGCGCAAGUCGCGUUUGAGAUUAUCACGAGCAUGGUGAAGAGCGGUGCGGCGGCGGAGCUUGGUGGCUGGUAUGGGAAGAAGGAUGGGGAGGCUUUCAAGGCGGCGAGCGGUAAGGAUGAACUGUAG